AAAAUUAGAACCUGUAAGUCACAGACUUCGGUUCCUCAUUGCCCCCUUCGUGGCAUUAAUUCGUGGUCGUUGUUUGAUGCCUCAUGUCCUCCUCGUGGCGUUUCUAACCUCAUCACUUCUCUCUCUCUAUCUGUCUGUCUCUGUAGCAUUCACAAUAAGGAGAAAUGAACGGCAACGGAGCCGGGAAAUUCAGUAAUUUUCCGACGAAUGGAGGAGUUAGGCAUACAGUAAUCGAUCUUGGUAGCAUCCGUACUGACCCAGAAUCAAAAUCGACGAAAGCUCCCAAUGAGCUUCAUUCACCAAGUCUCCUGCCGGGUGAGAGAAAACCAUACGUGAAUUCACUCUCCCCUCGUCAAAUGGAAGUACUCACUGCUUUCAGCGACACCCUCUUGCCGUCUGUCUUCCCAGAUAUCAACUGCUCUGGACAACUUGAGGACUCUUUGUUUAAAUUCUACAGAACCUCGGCUUCCAUGGCUGGAACUCCAGAGCUGGUUGGAGGAUUUUUAAGUGGAAAGAUAGAACAUCCGAUGCUGGGUGUUCUACUAUUGGCUCUGUGGCUGUUGUCAACUUGGUUUGGAACGUUCAUACUGUGUGGAAUACCGAGUUUAUCAACCCAAUUUCCUUAUUUCCAGAGGUUCUCUCAAGUUUCUCAGAAGAAACGGGAGAAGAUACUCCUGUCAUGGUCCUCCAGUUCGUUUAACAUCUACAGGAUGCUCUUCAAGACUCUCAAGUAUCUGGUCUUCUUCAUCUUCUUCACUCAGGUAGACGAGAACAAUGAGAACCCAACCUGGAGAGGUAUAGACUACUGUGGUCCUGAUCCAGAUUUCAUAAACAAUCGAACUCGAGAAACUAAAACCCCACAAGGUCAUGAACAUGAAGAACUAUUUGAACCCCUUUACAGAGGCAUCGUUAAUAUGAGACAACCCAGAGAAGCACUCGCCGAAACUCUGCGGCAGUCUGGAUUCCAUGUCCGUCUCCAUCCUCAUCGACGGUAUAAUCCAUCACCGUCACAUCCUUCCUUAACCAUUCGAUGUGAUGCAGUUGUGGUGGGUUCAGGCUCCGGCGGUGGUGUUGCUGCAGGCAUUCUUGCCAAAGCUGGCUACAAAGUUGCUGUCUUAGAGAAGGGAAACUAUUUCGGAAGGAAAAACCUUUCACUCCUGGAAGGGCCAUCCAUGGAUGAAAUGUACUUAAGCGGAGGAUUGAUGGUCACCGAUGAUAUGGGUGUCAUUAUGCUUGCAGGAUCCACCGUCGGUGGAGGCUCCACAAUCAAUUGGUCAGCCUCAAUUCGGACGCCCCAGCAUGUAAUCAGAGAAUGGUGCAACGAAUAUGAGCUUGAGUUAUUCGGUAGCAAGCUUUACAAAGAGGCCAUGGAUGUUGUCUGCAAGCGCAUGGGAGUUCAGCCUGAUGUUGAAGAAGAAAGCUUGAGCAACACAGUGUUGAGAAAAGGAUGCUCCGAGUUGGGCUACCCAGUGAUAACUGCUCCUCGGAACUCACCACCUAAUCACUACUGUGGUUGGUGUUGUUUCGGGUGCAAGGAUGGAAGAAAGAAGGGUACCUCAGAGACAUGGCUGGUGGACUUAGUUGAUUCUGGUAAUGGCGUGAUUCUUCCUGGGUGCGAGGCAUUGAAAAUCUUGCAUGAGAGAAAGAAAGGGAGGAAACGUAACACAGCAACUGGGGUUGUCUUCGAAUUCAACAAUGGAUGGGGGAAAGAUUUCUGUGUUUUGGAGUCGAAGGUGACGAUCGUCGCCGGUGGUGCUCUCUGCACGCCCACACUGCUAAAAAGAAGUGGGCUGAGGAAUUCCAACAUUGGAAAGAACCUGCAUCUUCAUCCGGUGGUGAUGGCAUGGGGUCACUUCCCAAGUAGACCAGCUGACAGUGGGUGGCCGGAAAAAGAUAAGAAGAGCUACAAAGGUGGCAUUAUCACGGCAAUGUCGACCGUCGUUGCAAACUCCGAGGGCUCUGGCUAUGGUGCAGUGAUACAGACACCAAUGCUGCACCCUGGUAUGUUCUCGGUGAUAACUCCAUGGAUAUCCAGCGUCGACAUGAGAGAAAGGAUGUCUAAAUUCUCAAGGACGGCCUACAUAUUUGCAUUGGCCAGAGAUAAAGGCUCAGGCCAAGUGAACUCUCCAAGCUCCAUCAGCUACAGGAUGGAUGCCAUGGAUGAAGAGCACCUGAAGCAAGGACUGGAGAAGAUACUUCGGAUACUGGCAGCAGCAGGAGCAGAAGAGAUUGGAACCAGUCAUUGUUUGGGGAGGAAAGUGAAUGUGAAGAAAGUGAGUUCAAAUGAGUUUGAGAGGUUUGUGAAGAAAGAGAGCAGGAGGGCACUGAGAGACCUCAGAACUCCAAUACCCUCAGCCCAUCAGAUGGGCAGCUGCAGAAUGGGAGUGGACCCAAAGUCGUCGGUGGUGAACCACAGAGGGGAGACGUGGGAGGUGGAGGGGUUGUUCCUGGCAGACUCGAGUGUCUUUCCAACGGCGUUGGGUGUGAAUCCCAUGGUCACCAUUCAGUCCAUCGCUUACUGCACUGCACAGUCGGUGCUUGAAGUGCUUAGGAGGAAGAAGGAUGAUCUAAUAAGUUUUCAAUUCUAGAAGUGUUAUGAUCGAUUGCCCAUUUCA